AUGCCAUGGAUCGGGCGAGUCGUCGAUUCGCAUCUUACAGAUGCAUCAGCCUCUGAACUCCUGGGGAUCGGGGUCGAAACCCCAGCGGAUCUGGCUUUCUUAUGGUCUUCCGAAGUUGAGAUCUUCGAUGCCUUCGUGGAUCCUGCCAUCCAGUCCCAGGUUACUGCAGCUUGGCGUGCAGCCCGAGUUGAAGCUGAGAUUACCAUCGCGCAAAUACCGGAACAACCGAUCGCCAAGAAACAUCGUGUGAACCAAAUCCAGUGCGCAAUAGGUGCCCGACCAAAGAAGCGGGCUGUCCCUCCGGUCUCUCUACUACCAGGGCCUUUCCAGGUACGUUUUUUGCAGCAGCCUUCGUCCCGACAACCGGACCCCGGCGACGAGCGGACACCUAUAUUGGACAUGAUGUUCGAAGUCGUUCUCGCUUCUGGUUGCCACAACGUGCUGUUUGGGGAAGAGUUGGUACGGAUGCCAUUCGAGAGUAGACCAUUGUUCGACCGAAAGUUGCAGGUAGUGCCACUGGAAGCCCUAAAGGGGCAUAGGAGGGCCUUUAAACGAUGGGUCACUUAUCACGCAGAGCAUUGCCCUGCAGAGAUGCCUUAUUGGCAACCGCCUGCUCUGACUCUUUCGCAGUUCCUUUUGCAUGUCAGCCGAGGCGGACCGACAGCUGCCAAGGGAAUUUAUAGUGCGUUGAAGUGGUGGCGCGAGGCGCUAGGAAUCCCGUUGCCAAUCAUGGACGGACUAGUGGCGCACUGGGCGGUGGCGGAGCCUGGGCAUUGCGCCUCACCUAAGCCACCGAUGUCAGUGCAGGUUCUGCUGGCUGUUCUCUCGGCCGCCCCUAAGUUGCGUGGUACUAUGGCCUCGGCGGUUGCAUGGCUCCGAUGCAUUCGCGGCGUGAGUCUGAUUAACCACACUAUGUUAGUACACUCGAGCGGCAUGAGCACGAACCAUGUGGGGACACUUAUUUUCAAAACACGCUGA